AUGCCUGUACUCGACCCCUUUGGCCACAAGGUUCCUAGCCGGAAACGAAUAAUAAUCUGUUGUGAUGGGACUUGGCAAAGCUCCGACGGGGGAGAGCCAAGUGUGCCCACCAAUGUUACCAGGAUCACAAGAGCGCUAAAAAGCUAUACGAAAAAGGACGGUAUAUCUCAGAUCGUUUAUUACCAGAGCGGAGUUGGGACAGGCGGGACACUGAACAAGAUACUUGGUGUCGGUGUCUUAACAAAGAAGGGAAUGGAUGAGUUCCACGAUGUUUGGAGUAAUUACACCAAAAGAAGAUAUAAGGAAGAUCCUGGACUCCUCAAACAGCUUCAAGAUAUGGAAGAUGGGAAGCUCGUAAUCUCCGGUGUAAAGGUCAAAUCCAUUGGAUGCUGGGAUACAGUCGGAUCGCUUGGAAUUCCCAGUAUACGCGUUCCCUUCCUCGGAGAACUAAGCAUCGCUCGUGGAGAAAACAAAACGUAUCUAUAUAGGUUCCUCCCACAAUGGUCUUUGCUGGCUCCUGACAAUUCGAAUAGCUUCCACAACGUUGAACUUUCCGAUGAAGUCGAAAAUGCUUUUCAUGCCUUAGCACUCGACGAGCAUCGGGGUCCGUUUACCCCAACUCUUUGGAAAAAAUCCCCUUUCUCGCCCACAAACUUAAAGCAAGUUUGGUUUCCAGGCGUGCACACAAAUAUCGGGGGUGGUUAUGAUGACCAGGAAAUCGCCGAUAUAACGCUGGCCUGGAUGAUCCAACAACACCUACCCUUUUUAGAAUUCAGCAAAGGAUACUUGAAGAGCAUAAUCAAGAAUCAUGAAGAUUAUACUCGGGAAUGGGCUGCUGGGUUAAUAUACGACUCUGCCACAGGAAUGAUGCGAGUUUUUAGUGGAAGCUAUAGAACUCCUGGUGGAUAUGCUGAUUCGAGUGAGGGUGUUGAAAUGGAAGAGUUUAUCCAUAAGUCAGUAAGAAUAAGGACAAAGAUGAUUGAAGGAUGGGAAUGCAAGGCACUUAAAGGCUGGGUGUGGAAAGAGGACGAAGGUCUGUGGGAAAGGGAUGGUAAGAAACUCCUUGAAGAUACCUUGGGGAAUGUUGAGAAGAAGCUUGCCGGGAAGCAUGUAGUAAAGAACAUGUUGGGCGAGGUGAUGCCCAAGGACGUCGAGUGGUAA